CCCGUUAGCACCCUGCAUGCUCAAAUCCUCUAUCAGUUAUUUUUGCAAGCAAACCAAAAAUCUAACGACUUGCUGAAAUGUUAACAAUUAAGAUUUUGUGAGUGAAUGUUACUAAUUUUCUGAGUGAAUGCAUUAUCCUACCAAUAGCUAAUUUUGUGGGGACAUUAUAUCAAAUUUCCCAUUCCGUCAACUCAUUUUAAUCUACUGAAUGCUUCAAUACCCUGUAUAUGAAUCCCACAAAAGUUAAGAUGUAUUCUUCACUGUGUAGUAGUGCCACUGUUUUCUGUCCUCUGAGAUAUACUGCGGAUUUAAUUAUUAUAAAUUUUUUUGGCGGGAGGCUUCGAGGUUGACGAAAUACUUCAAUAAAAGGCAUCAUUCAUUUUAGGAGAAAAUAUACUGAAUUUGGUUGGAAAGACCUUACGCAAAUUCUAGAUGAGAACCAAGAGAUUAUUUAGUAGUGGAAUGAGAAAUACGGUCAUAGGUGGUUCACCAAGGGGUGGCAUUUUGUAAGCUUUGGGAUUUUGGAAGCUAAGAGCAAACUUUUGUUCACUUAGCUUCAAGAUGAAGAAGUUGCAGUUAAGAACAUGGCAGUGAUUUGGAAAUGGAUUGGUGUUGAAGAAGUGUUAAAUGUGGGUUUUUGUAAUUAGAUACUGGUGGUAACAUUGCGCUUUUUGACAGCCUUGGUUAGUACUUUGGUAGAAUUCUAGUGGAAACGUAUAUCAGAAUGCAGGCUCAAUCACAUAUUCCCUGUCCUGGCUUGACACCACAGAAUGGAAGCAAUUUAUCUUCACAUAUUGGAGGCUCUUGGAGGGCUUGGAAAGGGGUCAGUGAUUUGCCCAACAUGCGAAAUUGUAUGUUUGACAAAAUAAUUGAACUUUUGAAACGGCAUAAAAAUUCCCCUGGUUUGGAGAAACAACUCUAUUAUGUUGCAAGGCAUUUGGAGGAAGGUUUAUUUAAAGAAGCUACUACAAAGGAAGAGUACAUGGACAUUAGGACUCUGGAAACACGAUUGCAAGCUUUUGCCAAGCGUUCCCAACAUGGUAAUUGUAACCAAAGGUUUGUCCCACAUUCUGUUUCUUCCAAUGGAACUGUGGGAACAAUGAUUCCAACUCCAGGUAUGUCAAAUACUGGAUUUGGACAUUCAGUGAUGGCAACUUCCAGUGGCAACAUUUCCAUGAUGCCAGUUCCUAGUUCAAAAACUUUGAUUUCUAAUCCUUCUGGCAUGGGAUGUAUGUUACCCGCUGGUAGUGGGUUUGAUCAUGUACAUUCUAAUAAAAUGAAUGUUUUGGCUAAUUCUGGAGACAAUUUGGCAUCUGUUCCGGGACCCCUAGGCAACAUGCCUCAAUGUCAGCAAGUAGUUGGAGGCAUGUCCAUGGGUGCAGCAAAGCAGAUAAUGUCUACAAUAGGUUUCAGGAGUCGGAUGAUUCCAACCUCUAGGUUAGGAAAAUCUCCUUCUGGUGGAAUGGGUUAUUCGAGUGUUAACUACAUAAGAACUUAUCCACAGAAAAUUAGUGGGGGUGCAAAUGGGCACUUCUAUCAGAAUAUGAGUGGUCAAAUGGGCGGUAAUAGCAUGCAGCAGAAAAAUUCUUCCUAUGAUUUAGUAAAUGGAAGCAUGAAUUGUGGGAUAUAUAUGGCAGAAAAUAAUCAGAAUUUGAUGAAUGGUACCACAGAAUUAUCCAAUUCAGGAGGCUACUCAAAUGCUUUGCAGUAUGGUAAUGUGCAACUGCAUGCUUCCUCAGACCAGAAUACCACUCAGCAGCAUCGACAAGGUCUUAUGCAGUCUGCAAUGACCAAUCUAGUGGUUCCAGUAUCUGGUGAUGGUUAUGCAAUGAACGCAGCUGAUCUUGAAGGUUCUGGAAACUUAUAUGCACCUGUAUCAUCCAGUGUACUUUCAGUAGCAUCUAGCUUGAAUGGGAAAUCCUUAGGGUUACAAUCAACACAAAUGAUACCUGUCCCUGGAUUGCCUUCACAGCAACAAAUAUUGCCAUCACUACAGCAAUGCCAACAGAAUCAAUCACAGAAAAUGAGUAGUCCGCAUGGGUUAUCUUUCUUGCCAAAGGGUCAAUCAAUUCAGUCAAAGCAGCAGAAGCUAAGGUAUCAGCAACACCAGAGUCACCAUCAGCAACAGCUACAUACAUAUCAACAGACACACAUGCAUCAACAAAUACAGCGUGGCCAACAACAACAGCAACUACCUGUAGAAAGAAGAGGUGCACUUCACAAUCAACCUGAAUUUAUGGUCUCUGGUCAGAAACAGGCAGGUACUAAAACACAUCAGAAUGGAGCACUAAAGAACGAAUUGGAAGAAAUAAAAACUCUUUCACUACCAACAAGCCAACAACAGCAGCGUACUGUAAACUUUAAAAAUUCUCAGCAUCUCAGUCAAGUACAAUCUCAGAAAUUGCACAAGCGACAGGUCUCAUCAAGUCAAGAUCAACAAGAAGAGUCCAAUAAUGUUUAUAAUGAUGUUGCAGCUCAAGUUAUGCCAGAAGUUUUGUUGCAAGGGGAGCAGGAGUUGCAAGCACAGGAGAAGCAUCAUCUUCCACAGCAAUUUUCUAGUAUAAUAUUGCAGCAACAACCAUCCCAGGAAAAAUCGCGACAGAUAAUGGAUCAAGAUAUGGUACAAGAACAGAAACCAUCACAAGAAGUUUCAGGUAUUGCUAUUACUUCAACUACAACAUCCCAACCAAGGCCUGGGACUGCUGGAUCCGCUUCUGGUAAUAUGCAGCCCAGUGUUAGUUCUGAACGACAGAAAAUGAAAUACUAUAAGCAACAAAUGUGGCUACUCUAUUUGCAUCAUGUCAGUAGAUGUAGAGUUCCAGAAUGCCAAACUCCUAAUUGCAUUGUAGGGCAAGAGCUGUGGGCACAUGUUACCACAUGCCGUGACACACAGUGUAGUUAUCCAUGUUGUCGUGGAUCUCGAAAGCUACUAAUUCAUUGUCAACAAUGCAAGAAUAAAAGUUGUCCUAUUUGUGGACCUCUUCGCCAUUCUAUUAUGAAACAACGUGCACAUGGUUGUGCUCAGUCAUCAAAUCUUGGGGCAAUAGAUUGUGUUCCAGCAAGUUCUGUAGUUUCUAUACGAGACUCAACACAGGAAGAACAACGUCCAAGUAAAAGAAGAAAGUUUGAACCUUCCUCUCCAUGUUAUGCACAUCAGGAAGCUGAAAGUGCAAUGGUAUCUGUGACAAGUCCAAGUGCGGUGCAAGCAAUUAUCCAAGUGGAUACUCAAGAUUUUCAUCCAAGUGGACAUGAUGCAGGUAUGAUGAAAUCUCAUGUAUUAAAGUCAUCCAAAGUAGAACCAAUAUCUGUGAAGAUAGAGCAGGCUGCAAGUCCACAACAAGGAUCUAGCCAAAAAUCUUGGGAAUCCAAGAAUGAUAUUUGUCAGAAUCCACAUGCUGAACAUGGGCAUAUACAAGGGCAACAGGUUAAGGCAGAACCUGCAAUGCCUUCUUCUGGAAAUGUCCCUGUGCAAGUUAAGCUAGAAGCUGUGCAGGUUAAACAGGAAACUAGAAUUGAUAUACCCCCCAUUGAUAAUUCAGCUUCCGAAAAAUUUGAUAAGUCAAAAAUCAAAGGUGUUUCUUUAACAGAGCUUUUCACCCUUGAGCAGAUACGGGAACAUGUUGAAGGGCUACGACAGUGGGGUUGGCAGAGCAAAGCAAAGGUUGAAAAAUAUCAGAAUAUGGAGCUCCGAAUGACUGGUGAAACAUGCCAGUUAUGUAAUUUAGAUACAAUUACAUUUGAUCCAUCCCCUAUUUAUUGUUCACCAUGUGGGGUCCGCAUCAAGCACAAUGCAUUUUAUUACCUUUUGGAAGCUGGUGAUACAAGACAUUGUUUUUGUAUAGCAUGUCAUAGUGAAAGUCGAGGUGAUUCAGUCAAGAUAGAUGGAAACACAUAUGCAAAGUUGAAGCUUGAGAAGAAGAAAAAUAUGGAUGAAAUUGAAGAAUCGUGGGUUUGUUGUGACAUUUGUGAAAAAUGGCAACAUCAAGUAUGUACACUAUUCAAUGGUAAAAGGAAUGAAAAUGAGCAGGCAGAUUAUACAUGCCCAAACUGUUACAUGGAGCAGAUAAAGAGAGGUGUACGGAAACCAUUACCGCAGAGUGCUGUUCUUGGUGCAAAGGAUUUACCAAGGACUUGCCUGAGUGAUCACAUUGAGCAAAGACUUUUUAGACGUUUAAAAGAGGAGAGACAGGAAAGAGCAAAAGCCCUAGGCAAGAAUUUUGAGGAGGUGCCAGGAGCUGAGGCUCUUGUUGUGAGAGUUGUAUCAUCUGUUGAUAAAGUACUAGAGGUGAAACAGCAGUUCUUUAAUAUGUUUCAACACCAAAAUUAUUCAAGUGAAUUUCCAUACAAGUCAAAGGUCCUCAUGUUAUUUCAAAAAAUUGAAGGUGUAGAGGUUUGUCUUUUUGGUAUGUACGUGCAAGAAUUUGGAUCAGAUUGCUCCCAUCCAAAUCAGAGACACAUCUAUCUCUCCUACUUGGAUUCUGUGAAGUAUUUUAGGCCGGAUGUGAAAACUAUGAAUGGUGAAGCUCUUCGUACCUUUGUAUAUCAUGAAAUUCUGAUUGGAUAUUUGGAUUACUGUAAAAGAUGGGGUUUGACUAGCUGUUAUAUUUGGGCCUGUCCUCCGCUGAGGGGAGAUGAUUAUAUUCUCUAUUAUCACCCUGAAACACAGAAGACACCAAAAUCAGAUAAACUCCGUGAAUGGUAUCUUAUGAUGCUACGUAAGGCCAGCAAGGAGGACAUUGUGGUGGAUGUAACAAAUAUGUAUGAUUACUUUUUUGUGUCUACUGGUGAACAAAAGGCUAUAAUCACUGCAGCUCGCUUGCCAUACUUUGAUGGGGACUACUGGCCUGGGGCUGCUGAGGAAAUGAUAAUGCAGAUUCAGAGAGAGGAAGCAGAUGGUCACAAAUAUCAGAAGAACAAAAAAAAUAUGACAAAGAGGUCCUUGAAAGCUGCUGCUCAAACUGAUUUUGCUAGCAACACUUCAAAGGAUGCUCUGUUAAUGAAGAAACUUGGAGAUUCCAUCCAUCCAAUGAAAGAAGAUUUCAUUAUGGUUCACUUGCAGCACGCAUGUACCCAUUGUUGUUUGUUUAUUGUUUCCAGCAAGCGCUGGGUUUGCAAGCAAUGCAAAAAAUUUCAACUUUGUGAGAAGUGUUACAAGGCAGAGCAAAAGCUUGACGGAAGGGAAAGGCAUCCUGUUAACAAUAGGGAAAAGCACCUGUUUUUUCCAAUUGAGGUGUCGAAUGUUCCAGCAGACACAAAGGAUAAAGAUGAAAUCAUGGAAAGUGAGUUCUUUGACACUCGUCAGGCAUUCCUACGCCUUUGUAAAGGAAAUCACUACCAAUAUGACACAUUGCGUCGUGCAAAACAUUCUUCUAUGAUGGUACUCUACCAUCUUCAUAAUCCUACUGAACCUGCUUUUGUGAGUACUUGCAACAUUUGCCAGCAUGAUAUUGAGACAGGACAGGGAUGGUGCUGUGAAAUUUGCCCUGAUUAUGAUCUUUGCAACGCUUGCUAUCAAAAACAUGAUUCUGUGAAACAUCCCCAUAGAUUGACAGCUCACCCAUUCCUAGCUGAUCAGGAUGCACAAAAUCAAGAAGCAAGGCAACAUUGGGUUCUGCAGCAACGGAAGAUGCUUGAUCUUCUUAUACAUGCUUCUCAGUGCAUCUCUUCUCCAUGUGCAUAUCAAAAUUGUCGGAAAGUUAAUGGCCUCUUUCGCCAUGGCACAAACUGCAAAAUCCGUGCUGCACAGGGCUGCAGCCUUUGCAAGAGGAUGUGGUAUAUUUUACAGUUACAUGCCCAAGCUUGCAAGGAAUCAGAAUGUCGUGUUCCUCGUUGCAAGGAUUUGAAACAGCACAUCCGAAGGUCUCAAAAUCAAAUGGAAUCACGGCGCAGAGCUGAUGUUAUGGAAAUGAUGAGAAAUCGUGCAGCAGAGAUUGCUUGAGAUACCCAUUCAUCACAUAUACGCUAGGCUUGAGUGGACUUUACAAACAAGAUGCAUCAAUUAAAUAAAAUUAAUUUAAAAAAAAAAAGAUUUCAAGACACUCUUUAGAACUUGUACACUUAUUGCUGUCAUCCUUAUAUAGUGCGUUUAGGAUGUGGGUCCUCAAAAUGUUAUCCAGGUAUUAAUGAACAAUGCAAAGACUGUAGAGCUGCAGGUAUGUUGGUUGAGAUGCGGUUUUCACAUAUAUUUUGGACACCUUGUGCUGUCCACUCUCUUAACCUCAUGUUACAAAAUUUGGGUAGGAAAAUGAAUUGGAUCAAGCAAAUUUAUAUUGAGGCUGAAGAGAUCAAAUGCUGAUCAAAAACCACAUGUUGUAGUUCAUUUUUAGAUCAUUUUUCACACCUGGAGUUGUUGAAGGUUGCUAAGACCUGAUUUGCAUGCAAUGAAAUCAUCUCGGGACAACUUUUGAAGGUGCGGGAACCAUUUUCUAGCGUGGUUAUUAGUCAAUGUUAGUCCCUAUGGAGGCAAUUCGAUACUGAGAGGGCAGCAAAUGUAAAGUAGAUGAUCCUAGGUUACACUUGGUGGGCACAAGUAGUGGAGUAUCUUCUUAAUUUUUAUUGCACCC